AUGUAUUUCGUAAGAUCCUUCUUCAAAAACCUUUUAUCACCAAAAUCUUACACUUGUAAGGGAAAAACUAAGUUAAUCUGCAGAUUUAAUCACCUGAUAAAACCGAAAAACCAAUAUGUCGACCAACGUCAAAAGUCAUCGUCACAUAUUUUCAAAGAAAUUCCGAUUGAACUUUUCGCUUGCAUUGCAUCGUAUUUUGAUCUCAAUGAAUUAUUUAAUAUGGGAUUGUGUGAUCAAUAUUUAUUGAAAUUAUUAUUCAAUUUAUCUCCUCAAAAAGUGAGCGAGUUAAUCAAACAAAAAUCCAAAAUGAAGAAAAAGAGUAAAAAAUCCAUGGCCUUUGAGGAGAAAGAGGCAUCGUUAUGGAAAGAAGCAGACUCGACUCUUGUGACACCUCUCUCGAAAGAUGAUUUUGAUUUGAUUCAAACAAAAGUGUGGCGCACACUCGUUCAACAUUAUUUUCCAUUCUUUGACAUGAAUUUAAAUAUUCAAAAUUGGAUGCAAGUCGUUCGAAUUAGAGUCACACGCUUGAGAAAAUACACUUAUUUGACCUUGAAUCAAGUUUCUGUUCAACCUCAACCAAAAACUUUUUUGAACGAGAAGAAUGAGCCUUUGCCCAUAAGUAUCGACGAAGAUACCCAAUAUGAAACACCUUUCAUUGAAAAUUGUGAUCUAGUAUAUGAAUGUCCAGUGGUUUCAGAAUUAUUCUCAACAUCAAGAUAUGCGGAAAGUGUUCACUGUCACAAGUGCAACAAGAAAGUUCUAUUUAUUACUUCUCUUAGUCAAUUCAAAGCAUUGAUUGGUACGGAACAAUGUGUUGCGUUUAAUCAACCGUAUGGAGCAUGUGGUGGUUUUUGUGGAGGUCUGAUUUAA